AACACUUCAGUGACUGUGAUUGGAACGAAAAUUUUCGAAUGUCCAAAAGCAGUUUUUUAUGGUUGUGCGACCAGUUAAGAAAUCGUUUGCUGCCCUGUGAAAACUAUGUGAAAACUAGAGAGCCCGUGUCAGUAGAAAAGCAGGUUGCAAUAACAUUGUAUUUUUUGGGAAGCUGUGCGGAGUAUCGGGUUGUGGCAAAUGCUUUUGGAGUCCACAAAUCAACUGUGUGGAAAUGUGUACAUAGAGUUGUAAACACUAUUAAUAGUGUGUUGAUGGAUUCUUGUGUAAAUAUGCCUAACAGUGUUGAAUGUGAUGACAUAUCUUUUCAAUAUGAGAAGACAACACAUAUUCCAAAUUUAAUUGGAGCGAUAGAUGGGACUCACAUCCCUAUUUUGCCACCCGCCGAUGGUUAUCGAGAUUUUGUUAAUAGAAAGGGGUGGCCGUCGAUGAUCCUGCAAGCAGUGGUUGAUCAUUCAUACAGAUUUCGGAAUAUCAAUUGCAAAUCGCCUGGUUCGUCGCAUGACGCAGCAGUUUUUCAACAGUCUGUUUUAUUUAAACAGCAAGAACAACUUAUUCCAAAGAAAUGUAUUGAUAUAAAUGGAGUAAAUGUUCCUUUCAUGAUCAUGGGGGACCCAGCCUACCCACUGCUACCUUGGCUCUUAAAGGGGUACACAAAAUCUGCACGACUCACCCCCGAAGAAGAGUCAUUUAAUGUUUAUUUAAAUGCGGGAAGAGUGUCCGUGGAGAUUGCGUUUGGGAGAUUAAAAGCACGCUGGAGGUGUCUUUUAAAACGCCUUGAUAUUCACUACUCAUUUGUACCCCAGAUUGUAUCUGCAUGCUGCAUUUUACAUAAUAUAGUUGAAAGCAGAAAAGAGGCUUAUGUGGUGCAGUGGGAAAAAGCAGUUAUGGAAGCAGAAGUGAUAUUUCCACAACCACGGAUAAAUACAAGCAGAGAACGUGAGCAUUUUAGCGGUCACACCAUUAGAGACACUAUUAAAAAUUAUCUCGCGUCCAAUUUUCCGUUAAGAAAGACUUGGUAUAAGUAGACAAUGUAUUGUAAAUUGUUACAAAGUAUUUUAUAAAAAUUUACUGUAGAAAAAAUAAAGUCCUUAUUCCACA